AUGGGGGGGUUGUGUAAGGUGCCUGGUGUGCCUGUGGAGGUGCACGCUGUGAAGCCUGUUGUGGUGUUUGACCCAGUUCCUCCGGCUAAGGAUGGAGUGCCACCGAGUUCUAUGACCCAGGAUAGUACGACGUCAUAUUCUCAGGCCAGACAAGGCUGGAUUGGAGCGCGGGGCCUGUUGGCAGGUAAUUGGCACUAUUACUGCAUCAUUACUCAGCAUCAACAACGGGUGAACCCUGUGUUGCAGCAUCAACAACGGGUGAACCCUGUGUUGCAGCAUCAACAACGGGUGAACCCUGUGUUGCAGCAUCAACAACGGGAGGACCGUGUGUUGCAGCAUCAACAACGGGAGAACCCUGUGUUGCAGCAUCAAAAACGGGUGGACCCUGUGUUGCAGCAUCAACAACGGGAGAACCCUGUGUUGCAGCAUCAAAAACGGGUGGACCCUGUGUUGCAGCAUCAACAACGGGAGGACCCUGUGUUGCAGCAUCAACAACGGGUGAACCCUGUGUUGCAGCAUCAACAACGGGAGGACCGUGUGUUGCAGCAUCAACAACGGGAGGACCGUGUGUUGCAGCAUCAACAACGGGUGAACCCUGUGUUGCAGCAUCAACAACGGGUGAACCCUGUGUUGCAGCAUCAACAACGGGAGAACCCUGUGUUGCAGCAUCAACAACGGGUGAACCCUGUGUUGCAGCAUCAACAACGGGUGAACCCUGUGUUGCAGCAUCAACAACGGGAGAACCCUGUGUUGCAGCAUCAACAACGGGAGAACCCUGUGUUGCAGCAUCAACAACGGGAGAACCCUGUGUUGCAGCAUCAACAACGGGAGGACCCUGUGUUGCAGCAUCAAAAACGGGUGAACCCUGUGUUGCAGCAUCAACAACGGGAGAACCCUAUGUUGCAGCAUCAACAACAACAACAGGACCGUGUGUUGCAGCAUCAACAACGGGAGAACCCUGUGUUGCAGUAUCAGCAACGGGAGGACCCUGUGUUGCAGCAUCAACAACGGGAGGACCCUGUGUUGCAGCAUCAACAACGGGAGGACCCUGUGUUGCAUCAUCAACAACGGGAGGACCCUGUGUUGCAGCAUCAACAACGGGAGAACCCUGUGUUGCAGCAUCAAAAACGGGAGAACCCUGUGUUGCAGCAUCAACAACGGGAGAACCCUGUGUUGCAGCAUCAACAACGGGAGGACCGUGUGUUGCAGCAUCAACAACGGGAGGACCCUGUGUUGCAGCAUCAACAACGGGAGGACCCUGUGUUGCAUCAUCAACAACGGGAGGACCCUGUGUUGCAUCAUCAACAACGGGAGGACCCUGUGUUGCAUCAUCAACAACGGGAGGAUCAUGUGUUGCAGCAUCAACAACAACAGGAGGACCGUGUGUUGCAGCAUCAACAACAGGAGGACCGUGUGUUGCAGCAUCAACAACAACAGGAGGACCGUGUGUUGCAGCAUCAACAACAACAACAGGAGGACCGUGUGUUGCAGCAUCAACAACAACAGGAGGACCGUGUGUUGCAGCAUCAACAACAACAGGAGGACCGUGUGUUGCAGCAUCAACAACAACAGGAGGACCGUGUGUUGCAGCAUCAACAACAACGGGACCGUGUGUUGCAGCAUCAACAACAACAACAACAGGAGGACCGUGUGUUGCAGCAUCAACAACAACAACAACAACAGGAGGACCGUGUGUUGCAGCAUCAACAACAACGGGAGGACCGUGUGUUGCAGCAUCAACAACAACGGGACCGUGUGUUGCAGCAUCAACAGCAGCAACAGGAGGACCGUGUGUUGCAGCAUCAACAGCAGCAACAGGAGGACCGUGUGUUGCAGCAUCAACAGCAGCAACAGGAGGACCGUGUGUUGCAGCAUCAACAGCAGCAACAGGAGGACCGUGUGUUGCAGCAGCAACAGGAGGACCGUGUGUUGCAGCAUCAACAGCAGCAACAGGAGGACCGUGUGUUGCAGCAUCAACAUCAACAGGAGGACCGUGUGUUGCAGCAUCAACAACAGGAGGACCGUGUGUUGCAGCAUCAACAACAGGAGGAUCGUGUGUUGCAGCAUCAAUAA